UUAUUGAACAUGAGUGUUCCAAUUAAAAAAAAAAAAAAAUAUUUUCUAUUUACAAAAACUCAUAAUCAUAUUGUUAUUGAGAAGACAUGAUCGGUAAUACGAAUAUAUAAUGUUAUACGUGUAUGUAAAUUUCAAAUUUCCUGGUCUAUAUGCAUAAAUGGAAUAUGUGCUGUGAUUGUUUGUUGACAACAUAACGUAUAUUCGAAUUGCCGACCACGUUGAUUUACUUGACGUUUUUUUCUUUAUUAUAAUUGAGUAUGACGUUAAUAAGGGAUCGGGAAUUCUAACACAUAUUCAUUUUUCAUUAAUAAUUUUCGCGCUCUUUCGCGAUUCCUUUGUUAGUCUUUGCAUUCGAAAGAUAAUAAUACUAUCGUGUGUGUCUCAAGGGAACCUUUUAACAUCAUAUAACGAAUUGUCUUGUUAGACGCAGAAGUUGCUAGCGCGUGUUUAAUGUUGUGCACGCCAAAUGUUUCGAAUACGAAUAUCUGCAUUGAAUUAGCAUUGCGUUAGCGAAUAGAUCGGGACUAUGAUAUGAUAUCUUGAUCACUACGCUUAGAAUAUGAAGAUGCCAGUGAAAGAGCGACAAUUUGUGUACGGAUUUGUUAGAGAGAGAGAGGGAAAGAAUGAAUCCUUUGGUUGUCUAUGUAUGAUGGUGUUCUGAAUAAUGGAACGCCAAAGCGUGCGGAUUCAGUGUAAUACGGCGAAAGACAUGCAAGUGUACGCGAAAAUACAAUACAAAUGCACACACAAACACAUAUAUACAUAUAUACACGCAUACGUAUAUGUAUGCAAUGUAUGUUCUGUACACCAAGUACAGAAGAUAAGGUACGUCGUAGGAAUGGAAUGAUGAAUUAUGCGUUUCGCAUAAUUGACAUUUGCGAAAUAUACCGUGCCGUUUGGUUUGCUCAUCGUAACAAACCAGCUUUUAUAAUUCUCAUGUCAAAUCAGGUGUGUAAGAACUUAAUAAAAUCGGGUACGGGUGUCGUAUUGUUAUAUAGAAAGGCACAUUACGUGCGUUAUACGACGGAAGAGAAAAAGGAGCAAGAAGAAAGGAUGAGAGUAAAAAAAAAAAGUAAUUAUAACGAUAAUGUUGAUGCGAAAAGUAAUUAUAACGAUAAUGAGUGUGCAAGAGAAUGAGAUUUUUGUGCGUAGGUAGAUCACAGAAUUGCGUCGGAAAGAUAUUUGUCGAAUAGAGAUUCGUUUAGAAGAAAACACAGAAAGAGAGAAAGAAAUUUUUUGACGCAACGAAGGAUAAGUCUUUACAUGUGUGAAUAAUGAAGUACUUUUGAAAGUAACUUUGACUUCCGAGAGUGUAAGAGUAAGGAUUUAAAAAAGAGGAGGCAAAAAUGUGUGCGCCGAGGAAAUAUAGUAUGUUUAUUGCCCGAGGUUCACAUAUUAUCAGAUAAUAAUUAUCAUUAUUUUACUUUAACGAUUAAUAUUCAUAUAUAUGAUUCGUAUUCUGUCAUGAAAUCCUUAACUGAUCUAGACUUAAUUAUAUAAAAUUAUAUAAUUAUAUAAGCGAUAUAUAUAUAUAUACACAUAUAUAUAUAUACAUAUAUACAUACAUAUUGGAUGAGUUGUCCAGUAAUCCCAGCAACAAAGAAACUCCCUCCCCCUCAUCCUACAUUUUGACAAUUUUUUUUAUUUGAUCCUUAAGAUGGUCUGAGCAAUUUCAUUACAUGACGUUCUCGAAAAAAAAAAAGCUAUGAAGAACUGUAAUUCGAAACUCUGCGCAUUUGUCAUCAUAAAUCAAGUAUUGUUGUUUAAUUUACAUACUGUAAGAUGUAUUUUUAAGGGACGAGAAAAAAAUUGCUUAUAAUUUUAAGAUCGUGUAAUGUGUUAGUGAAAGCAUGCUUCUAAGUAGAGAGAUAGGACAAUGCUAUAACAAUAAUUAUAAUUAAAAUUAAUUAUGAAUAUAAGGCGCAUUUAAUAAGUGCAAAAGUAUUUCCUAAUAAAAGUACUGCUAAAAAUAUGCUCGCUCCCCAACCCUUUUUUUGUUCUAUCAUCCCGAGCAUUAAUGGUUGCAUCGAAAUGUCGCCUUGGUUGUCUGUUUCAGGAAGACGAUUGCUUUUCCUCGUAACGGGAAAAUAAUGUAUAUACUUAUAAGCAGUUUUUUUUUUUUUAUUUAUAUGUGCAUGCAUCUCUCUAUAACAAAACAAAAUUCUAAAAUUAUUGUAAUACGCCGAAUUUUCUUUGUACUUUCUGAAGAAUUUCUCGAGCAAGUUAUUUUCUACAUAAAGUAAUUGUAAACGAGAUACUUUUCUCAGGAAAAAUCCCUUGUUGGUCCCCUCUUCUCGUUGACUUUAAAUGUUCUUGACAGAAAUUGCGCGGCGCGACAAAGUCGAGGAAAUUCAGAGAAAUCGGACUUCGGUUUAAUUUCGGAUCGUAGGAUCAGUGAACUUUCAAAAGACGUAGUUGUAGAGACAACGAGACCGAGGGAGUUGUUGCUCAUCACUAUUGCAUGCUCGGAGAGCGAGAGGGGAUGGGAAAAUUUCUUUUGUGUGUGCUGGCACGUGGAGCACAUCUCCACGUGUCACAGAUAUAUGUAUAUGUAUAGCAUUGUAAAUAACAAAUUAUUAUAACGAGCCGUAAAUUUUCAACAAAUGACUGAUAAUUUGAAUAAUUAAUUUUUCUUUUACACAAGCUCCAUUUUAUUUCAAAACUGCGUCAUUUAGGAUCAUCAGCAUGCACUUGUCAUAAAUAUAUAUAUAUGUAUUCAGAAAAUUCUGUUAUCUGCGACUAAAAAUAAUAUGUUAUUUGCCAUUGUUGCAAACAAAUUCUUUAAAUGCGGUUUGAAAACAUCAACAUUUUAAUUAUCUUUGACAGACGCGUAAUGACAUAAGCCGCUCCAUAAAGCUGCAUCUAUAUAUAAUAUUUUUUUCGCACGUCGUAAAUUAAUAAGCGUCAUUCUUAGAAUCAUAAGUCAUCUUCCGCACAUUUUUAAAUUUGUUAAAAAUUCUGCGAUUUGCGUAUCCCCUAUUGUCGCGUAAUUUUUUGAAAGCGAACGAAAAAAUUUGCCAAAACAAACGCACGUGACAGAAGAGAGCGAAUAUCCUCGAGGGAUCGGCGCGAUGACGUUUGCCGAAAAAUCGACAGGUGAGAGAAAAAGGGAUGAAGCGGCAAAGGAGAAAAAUUGCGUAGCAGAGAGAAGACUGAGAGAACCACACGCGCAAACUCCCGCGCCGUCCCUUUGUGUUAUUUUCGGGCGGCGAAUCGCGCCGUUUCGUCGGAAGCUUUAAAUAGGACCAGAUUGCCCGACGAGGAAGGCAGUUUUCGUGACAUCGUUCUCUUCUACAUGCUGGAGCACCGCACCAUCUUCGACAUUUAUCGGAUUUCCGUGCUCGUCGUAUAAGGCAAAUCAGACUCGCUAUUAAAAUGCCGACCGAGUGCAUCGCCAACCCGUUGCAACGGGAGCUGGCCGACUCGAUAAUACGGCUGCAACCGCUCGACGAGAUCCGCAUCCUCCUCGCUUGCGGCGCCAAACCGAACGAGCCGGUCACCCAGGGCCUCAGGCCCCUGCACUACGCCGUCUGGCAACGCUACACCGAGGCGGCCCAACUCCUGCUGGUGCGCGGCGCCGACAUCGACGCCACCGACGAGUGCGGCUACUCGGCGCUGCACCUCGCCGCCGAGCACGGCUACCUGGACCUGGUGAAACUGCUGCUCAAGUAUGGCGCCAAGGUGGAUCACCGCCGAGACACUGGGGAGCUCUUCCCCAGAACUAUGUUGUGCGACGAACCGCUACGUCUGGCCCUGAGGAACCGCCACGUCGAGGUUGCGAGAAUUCUUCUCGAGGCUGGUGCUAAUCCGAACAAGAGGUACUUCUUCGGCUCCGAGAUCAAUCUAGUGUCACCGCUGGAUCUGGAAUGCAUGGAGUUGCUGUUGGCCUUCGGCGCUCAUCCGAAUACGCGAGAUCGCGCGGGGUUGACACCUCUCAUGAAAGCUGCCAGAUUGCCGCAGGGUAUCGCCUCGGUGCUUCUGCUGCUGAGCUACGGGGCGGACGUGAACGCGAUGGCAGACGCCAGACAUGAUUAUCGUACGGUGUUGCAUUACGCGAUCCUCGGCGGUGACCCGGCUGUGAUCAAUCUGCUGCUGAAGCAGGGCGCCCGACUGGAUCUCGGACCGGACUAUCAGAAACCGACGGCCCUGGACCUGGCCAUACUCAAGGGAGACCCGUCAAUCGUCGAGAUGCUGCUCCAAGCAGGCGCAGACGUGAACGCCACGUCGCCGAUCAUCGGUUCGCCGCUACACGUGGCGUGCGCGGACAACAUCCCGAAUCGGUUGGAGAUCCUGUGCAUGUUGCUGGAACGCGGGGCCGACCCGAACCUGGUGAUCCGCAGCGACGACGGCCCGACGCUGCGCCCGGUACUCGCCGAAUACGUCGCUUCGAACGAGAAUCCAUCGGUGGAGAUAGUGGCGUUGCUGCUCAAGUACGGCGCCCGAGUGGUGAUCAAAACGCAGUUUCGCGAUCCGCAUGGUAUCCUCAACUCUCUGCAAAAUACGGCCGACAAGCCGCGGCUGUUGCGCGCACUGCUGGAGGCGGCAGAGAGCUUCGAUCCCUGUAUGAUACGACGGUCCAGCAGUCUGACGGACGCCCAGAAGGCCCUGGUGAUGGAGGCGGCCAGGACCCCGUUACCGUUGACCCAUCAGGCGAGACUGAUAGUUCGCAAGCUUUGCGGUACUAAGCUGCCCAAGAUCGUUAGGGAGCUGCAGCUACCACAGUCGCUACAUCGUUAUCUUCUUUACGAUUUUUAUUAGUAAGAGGAUGAAUCGAGAGAAAGAAGGGGAAAUAUUUGUUGGAAAUAUUUUCCUUGGAUUUCCGGGUAAUUUUAAAGGUCCGGUAUUUUUAUAUUCCUUGCCUGGGCUAGUGCUAGGCCAACUGAAGCUGCGAAAUGCAAAAAAUCGUACGAAUCCAUAUAGGUAUAUUAUAUGUAUAUAUGAUAUAUUAAUAUAUUAUAUGUAUAUA